AUGGGCCAGGGUGGGACAAUGGCAAUCGAAGACGCUGUGUUUCUGGCAGCUUUGAUGCCACUCGGAACCCAACCAGGCGAGAUUGUCUCACGGCUGCCGCUUUUACAAAAGUACCGCGGAGAAAGGAUAAAUCGCAUUCAAGACUACUCGCGCCGAAAUGGCAAGGAUCUGAGUGACCCUCACAACCCUAGACCGACUACAAUCCAGUGCAAGAAUCCAGGCAGUUUAUGGCAUAUGCAAUGA